AUGAGUAACACAAAUAGAUAUUCGAAUAGGCAACCAACAGAGACAACUAAUGGGUUUACACCAUCUAAAUUGAGUCCUGGAGCACAAGGAGGUGAUACGGACAAUGAAAGAACGACAACGUCAUCGUCCUCACCACCAAAAUCUGAUUCAGAUUCGUUCAUUGGAAAAGAUGAACUUCUCGUAUAUUUUAAACGGCAACUAAAAUAUUUUGAAGAAUGGUAUCAACAACGAGAUUGGCUCGCAUUUCAUAAUCAUCACUACGAUUGGUGGAUGUUUCCUAUUGAUGAAAUCAGUAGUCGAGAUGCGACUUUUCAAUUGCCGAGAGAUGUUAUUCUUGACCUGAAAGAAAAUCGAGAAUUUAUUAGAGAUCUUCGCCGUGGUGUAUAUCUGAUGGUUAGCAGUUGGGGCUGGGAUAUUGAACAUGGUCGAUGUUUUGAGAACUUAGAUGACAAACAAAAAUGGUCGUAUUGGCCUGUUCGAUUGUAUAAAGCUGGUAAAUGUAUGUGGUUAUUCGAGCAAAUGGAUUAUUAUCAAUCAUUGAAAAAAUUAGCAUAUUAUAUAAAACGAAAAGAGAAACUUGAUUUUUUCUCACACACAAAAAAAGCCAAGGCUGAUGUAAUUGAACUAUGGAGUGAAAUGGAACGAAAAUAA